AAAUUUGUAUGCAGGAACUUGUUCAUAUUAAACAAUAUUAUAUUAAAAAUGAUGCAACGAAGUUUGCUCAGAUCAGCAUUUAGAAAUCUUGCUAGAAUUAAUAGCAGAUUUUAUUCGGUAUCAAAUACUGAAGAUUUGAAAGUAGAUUAUUUAUCAGAAAAUAAGCAGGGUAUAGUUGUCUUGGGUUUAAACAGGCCUGAAGCCAAAAAACGCGUUUAGUCGUAAUCUUGUAGAUCUAUUGUCUUCAGCAGUAAAAUCGAUAAGCCAUGAUAACAGUGUGAGAGCAGUUAUUAUUCGUAGUUUAGUUCCAGGAGUAUUUUGUGCUGGUGCAGACUUGAAGGAGCGUGCAAAACUGUCUCCAGAUGAAGUUAAAGUAUUUGUUAAUUCAUUAAGAGAAUUAUUAACUAAAAUCGAACAAUUACCAAUGCCCGUUAUUAGUGCCGUAGAUGGUGUAGCUCUUGGGGGAGGUUUAGAAAUGGCAUUAGCUUGUGAUAUUAUAACUGCAUCAGAUACUGCUAAGUUAGGCUUGGUAGAAACUAAGUUGGCAAUAAUACCAGGUGCUGGUGGUACCCAGAGACUGCCAAGAAGAAUUAGCCCAUCUCUAGCUAAGGAACUCAUAUUUACUGCAAGAGUUUUAAGUGGCACUGAAGCUAAAGAAUAUGGAAUUGCAAAUCAUGUUGUGAAGCAAUCUGAGAAUAAAGAUGCAGCAUAUUUGAAAGCGGUACAAAUUGCUGAGGAAAUAUUACCAAAUGGACCAAUCGGUGUUAGGAUGGCAAAACUAGCCGUGGAUAAAGGAUUACAGGUUGAUAUGUCCACAGGAUAUACUAUUGAGCAAACAUGUUACGCUCAAGUAAUUCCUACCCAAGACAGAUUAGAAGGAUUAAAAGCAUUUGCUGAGAAAAGAAAACCUGUUUAUAAAGGACAUUAGUUUAUCCAUCAUGCCAAAAUGUACCUGCCAUUCAUGUAAUUUAGCUAAGUUUUAAUAAAAUGCAAAAUGUGUUAUUUAA